UCUUUUAAAGGUUUAAAUCUAAAAAAAAACAAUUUCGCUACAAAGGAAAUCAAUCUUAAACUGGUGGAAUUCUUCUUCUUUCGUUUUUCGGUUUACAAAUUCCACUUUCUAAAUCGAGAUAAGGCAUGAUGCCUAUGCAACUGUCUUUUAAAGGGGAUGAGAGCUGAGACUCUCAUUGGUUUAUUGCACGUUAUGCCCAAAACACACCCAUUAUGAGUAUAGGAAAGACCCUUUUAGACCAUGCGCUUGGCGCAUAAACCAUUUUCCUGUCGUUAAAUUGGCAAAAGUGGAAUCGGACACGCCCAUUUAGACCAUGCGGCGUACACUUUAGACAGUGCACUUAAAAUAGGGCCAUACGUCUGCUCGAUCUGUGGAGAGAGAUUCACUAAUGUAAGACCUCAUCAGAAGAAACAUACUGAAGAACAAACUGAUCUGUGAAAAAGACUUUCAAUACGCGCCUGUGACAUCCAGGUAUUUUGAUAAAAACAUUCAGAACUGUAGUUGAAUACAAUUUUUGCGAAUUUAAAAAGUGUAUUGGCUGUUGAAAAUGAUGAGAUUUGUUAACAGGUAAAAGAAUGAAGUGUUGAGCGUCUUCUCUCUCCAGUACAGCAGGAGGCGCUGCAGCUCUUUAGUACACAAAUAAACUCACUAAAGAAAGAGAGCGGGCUGUUGUUGUUUUUUUGUAUCCUCGUUGUUUUUCUCUCUUGAGUGUUUUAUUGAGAGUAAACAGAGUCUUGUCUUGGUGUAUUUUAGUGUUGAUGAUGAGAUGGAUGUGAUGUGCUGUAAAUCAGUAGGAACUGAUCUGUCUAUGCUGGAUAUUGAUGAUUUUAUCACAGAAAUCUCUCAGCUGAAGAAAGAGGUGGCGUUACUGGAGAUAAAGCUGAGGUUAAGAGGAGAUGAAGGACUGAAUAGAGAGGAUGGGGUUUGUUGUGAAUCUUCAGGGUAUGUGACUAUUUGGAGCUCCAGUGAAUGUCUGGAUUCAGUGUGGAUGAGCAGAGAUCAGAGCCGCACACCACAGUCACUGCUGGAUAAACUCUCUGAAGAGACAUCCAGACACACACAGGACUCAGUUCUCAGUCUGUCUUUACUCUCUUAUACUGAGUCAAAGCCCACAGACGCUCAGGACACUACAGUGUGUGACAGUAAACAGAGCUUACAGGAGGAUCAAACCUCCACAGAGUCUCUGGAUUCUGUCUGUAACGCUGGAGAACAGCAGCAGAUCCUGCAGACCAAACUCAAGAUGUCUUCAGUUAAACCGAUGGACAGUGGGAACCUAAUGAUGAAGAUGAGAAAAGAAACUACAGCAGAUGAAGAUCACACUGAGGAAGAUGAUGACAAUCAUGAUGAUUUAAUUCCUUCAGAUAAGAUCAGUGAUUCGUGUUUGGAUGGAGAAAUGACGUCUUUAUCAUCAAAAGAGCGACAGACGGCACAAACUCUUUCCUGCAUCACCGAUGGAGAGACAUUGAGCUCACAGAGACAUUUAGAUAGAAAUGCAGAACAAAAACUCUUGACCUCCACCAGAUCUGAGAUCAGCUCUACUACCUUACAAAAAUAUAAACGUCAUAAUUCAAAAGUGCACAGAGAGAAGAAGAAGCAGUUUCACUGUCAGCAGUGUGGGAAGGAUUUUGGCUUCUUAUCUCAGCUAAAAAUUCACGUGAGGACACACAGUGGUGAAAAGUCUUUUUACUGCACUGAAUGUGGAAAAUAUUUCAGCACCGAACAAAAUCUUGAUAUUCAUCAGAGAAUUCACACUGGAGAGAAACCAUACGAGUGUCCUCACUGUGAGAAGAGAUUCAGCCGAAAACAUUGUCUGAAGACACAUAUGCGUAUACACACCAAUGAAAGACCGUAUCAGUGCAGUCAAUGUGACAAAACCUUUAAGAAUUUAAGUUCAUUAAAAAAUCACCAGAAUAUUCACUCUGAGGAGAAACGCUAUCAGUGUUCACACUGUGAUAAAGGUUUCUGUCAGAAAUCUAAUCUGAUUAUCCAUGAGAGAAUUCACACUGGAGAAAAACCUUACGUCUGCUCUCACUGUGGAAAGAGCUUCUCUCAUCCAAGUAGUUUUAAAGCUCAUCAGAGAAUUCAUACAGGAGAGAAACCUUACGUCUGCUCUCAAUGUGGUAAGAGAUUUAAAAAUUCACCUGAGUUCAGAGUUCAUCAGAGAGUUCACACAGGAGAAAAACCAUACGAGUGUCCACACUGUGAGAAGAGAUUCAGCCAAAAACAUCAUCUAAAGAAACAUGUGCGUAUACACACCAAUGAAAGACCGUAUCAGUGCGAAUGUGGAAAAACCUUUAGGGAUUCAGGUUCAUUAAAAUCACACCAGAAUAUUCACUCUGAGGAGAAACGCUAUCAGUAUUCAAACUGUGAUAAAAGUUUCUGUCAGAAAUAUAAUCUGAUUAUCCAUGAGAGAAUUCACACUGGAGAAAAACUUCAUCACUGUAAUGUUUGUGGGAAGAGUUUUAAUCAACAUCAACAUUUAGUGUCACACCAGAGAACUCACACAGGUGAAAAACCGUACAAAUGCUCUCAGUGUGCGAAGACGUAUGCUCAGUCAAGUCACUUAAGAAUCCAUGAGAGAAUUCACUCUGAAGAAAAACCUUACUUCUGCUCUCAAUGUGAAAAGACGUUUGCUCAUUCAGGUUCCUUAAAAGCCCAUUUGAGAGUUCAUACGUGAGAGAAACCUUACGGGCCCUAUCAUACAUCCAGCGCAAUGUGCAACACAAAUGUCUUUCGCUAGUUUCAACCUGGCGAAAUUAUCAUUUUCACGUUUUGCUAGCACCAAGUUGUUUAAAAAGCAAAUGCAUCUGUGCCCAAUUUUGCACCCAUGGGCGUUCUGGUCUGAAAAGGUGUGUUCAGGUGCAUUUUUGGCGCGUUGCUAUUGUGAGGCAACUAAAAUAGACUACACCAUUAACCAACUAAAACCUGCUCUAAAGUCAAUGACGCAAAUUGUUUUUGUUAUUUAAUGAACGCGUUAAUAAUACAGCACAGUGUGCGUUUGCUUAUCACACCCAUGGAUGCGCAGCAGAACACAACCCUUUUAUAAUAUGAAAAAUUAAAGGAUUAAAAUGUAAAAGAUUAUUAUUGAGUCUCUUGGACUUAAAUGAGGACCGAUUAUGAGACGUUAGAAGAUGUAAAGAGCUGCUUGACCUGUAGCUUGGUAAGAAAUUGUUUUGCUUUAAACAAAUGCUUCUGUUUUUAAAUGUUUUUUAAAUGCUACCUCACAAAUUAAUUGUAUAUGAUGACUUUGUACCUGUGGAUAUGGUGAGAUAAGAAACAUUUUUAAGUAAUGCUUUAAAAAAAAAACAUGGCGCUGUCCGAGUGC